AUGUGUGCAAAAGUGACGUGGCAGCGUCAAGACUCAUAAUAGUGCCCCGUACUGCAAACGCCACCAAGUUCCCCGUUCGGGCCCAUCCAUCCGGACGGCCAGUGGUAGUAUGGAAAAGUUCCCCCUCAAAGGCACCACGAACCUUUCGAUAGCAUCCGCCGCAGGAAAUCAUCCGCUCAGCGCAGAUCAAACGUCUUAUCAGUCGGUUGCCAGUAAGGCCAGUAGAAAUUCGCCAUCGGCGGAGCGGUCUGUCAACGGCAGCGCGGCCACAACCAGUACCACAUCCCUCACGCAUCCGGCGGUGGUGCCGGUGUACGAGGCGGACGAGGACGGCAUGAUCGACAUCACGCCCAGCAACGGCGGUGUGAGCAACCCGAACUAUCCGUACGCGACAAACCCCGGUGGCCGGCAGGAUGGUGUCGGCGGUGCGGCCACUAGCGGGAGCGGGCCCGGUGGCAGCGGUGGUGGAGGUGGCGGAGGCAGCGGAGCAAAUCACGAGGCAGGAAUGUCUUCGCCCACGCAUACACGGUUUGGACGCGACUUCCAUCACUCCGAUCAUGAAGAUACAUUAACCGUUUCGUUUUCCGGUAAACUGGAAGGUAUUUCAUUCGCCGGCAUGACGGACACAAGCGACGAUAUUCCCGGGAUCGGCCAGUAUGACGAUUUUCACACGAUCGACUGGCAGCGGGACAUUGCCCGGGAUCGCAUGCGGCAUCGGUAUAUUGUCAAGAAGCGUCAGGAUUCGUUCUGGGAUCUGCUGAAGGGCGCCCAUGAUGCCUGGUCCGGGUGGGUUUGCGUGCUGCUGGUCGGCCUGUUCACGGGCUGCGUGGCCGGUGUGAUCGACAUCGGUGCCAGCUGGAUGACGGACCUGAAAUUCGGCAUCUGCCCGCAAGCCUUCUGGCUCAAUCGGGAGCAGUGUUGCUGGUCGUCAAAUGAAACGUCUUUCGACAGUGGGAACUGCUCGCAAUGGUACGCCUGGUCGGAGAUCUUCACCUCCUCCCGGGAGGGCUUCGGGGCGUACGUCAUCUCAUACUUCUUCUAUAUCAUGUGGGCGAUGCUGUUCGCGCUGUUGGCCGCCUCGCUCGUGCGCAUGUUUGCACCGUACGCGUGCGGAUCCGGUAUACCGGAGAUCAAGACCAUUCUGUCCGGGUUCAUCAUCCGCAGCUAUCUCGGCAAGUGGACGCUGAUCAUCAAGUCGGUCGGCAUUAUGCUAUCCGUGUCGGCCGGCCUUAGCCUCGGCAAGGAGGGCCCGAUGGUGCACAUUGCGAGCUGCAUCGGCAACAUUCUGUCCUAUCUCUUCCCGAAGUACGGCCGGAAUGAGGCAAAGAAGAGGGAAAUCUUGUCGGCGGCUGCUGCGGCCGGCGUGUCCGUCGCUUUCGGUGCCCCGAUCGGAGGAGUGCUGUUCAGUCUGGAGGAGGUAUCGUACUACUUCCCGCUCAAAACGCUUUGGCGGUCCUUCUUCUGUGCGCUGAUUGCGGCCUUCAUCCUGCGUUCCAUCAACCCGUUCGGGAACGAGCACUCAGUGCUGUUCUACGUAGAGUACAACAAACCGUGGAUCUUUUUCGAGUUGGUACCAUUCAUCGGGCUCGGAAUUAUUGGGGGUGUCAUUGCGACCGUUUUCAUCAAGGCGAACCUUUGGUGGUGUCGUUUCCGCAAGUACAGCAAGCUUGGCCAGUACCCGGUGACGGAAGUGUUGAUCGUGACGUUCAUCACAGCCGUUAUUGCGUACCCGAACCCGUACACUCGCAUGAACACAAGCGAAUUGAUCUAUCUGCUCUUCAGUCAGUGCGGCAUUUCUAACCAGGAUCCGUUGUGUGACUACAAUCGCAACUUUACCGACGUCAAUUCAGCCAUUGAAAUCGCAGCCGCCGGGCCGGGCGUGUACAAAGCCGUCUGGCUACUUAUUCUCGCCCUGGCAAUGAAGCUUAUCAUGACGAUUUUCACAUUCGGCAUGAAGGUUCCGUGCGGGUUGUUUAUCCCAUCGUUGGCCCUUGGUGCCAUCACGGGGCGUGUUGUUGGCAUUGCAAUGGAACAGCUGGCGUAUAACUAUCCCAAAAUAUGGAUCUUCUCCGGCGAGUGUUCGACAGGGGACGAUUGCAUUACGCCGGGUUUGUAUGCAAUGGUGGGUGCUGCGGCCGUACUCGGAGGGGUCACACGAAUGACCGUGUCCCUUGUCGUUAUCAUGUUCGAGUUAACGGGCGGAGUGCGAUACAUCGUACCGCUGAUGGCAGCGGCCAUGGCAUCGAAGUGGGUUGGGGAUGCAUUGGGACGACAGGGUAUCUACGAUGCGCACAUAGCAUUAAACGGAUAUCCGUUCUUGGAUAGCAAGGACGAAUUCCAGCACACCACACUGGCCGCGGACGUAAUGCAGCCAAAGCGUAACGAAACUCUAGCAGUAAUCACUCAGGACUCGAUGACGGUGGAUGACAUCGAGACCCUACUCAAAGAGACUGAACACAACGGCUAUCCGGUGGUUGUGUCAAAGGAGAACCAAUAUCUAGUUGGCUUCGUACUGCGGAGGGAUGUGAAUUUAGCGCUAGCCAACGCCAGAAGGAUGAUCGACGGUAUCACCGGUCAAUCGCUGGUGAUCUUUACUUCGGCCCAACCGGUCCAGAACCUCGGCCCGUCGCCGCUGAAGCUGAAGAAGAUCCUCGACAUGGCCCCGAUCACCGUCACCGAUCAGACGCCGAUGGAAACGGUCGUCGAUAUGUUCCGCAAGCUUGGCCUACGUCAAACGUUGGUCACCCAUAAUGGCCGCCUCCUCGGUGUAAUAACCAAAAAGGAUGUCCUCAGGCACGUCAAACAGAUGGACAAUGAAGAUCCGAAUACAGUUUUGUUUAACUAAUCAUGGUAUACAAAAACACCCUCCCCCAUCCAUCCAACAGAUCACAGUAGGCCGAUUUGACCUGAUUCCCUUCCCCCUGCUCCUUCGUUUGACAUCCUCGGCACGCCUCCUACGAAUCAUACGCAACAUGGAUGGCUUUCGUGUUUCCAUGGGAUGUGUCGUAGCCUACCGCCAGCCGAAGCUGCACGAUGGAAUUCAAAUCAACAUUUGGUUUUGCUUAUCAACUACCUAAACACGUCGAUGUCGGUCAAGGUUUUUGUUGAAUAGAACACUAUAAAUAGGGACACUAAUUGCAUCGACUUCAAAUGGUCGAUAAGGUAGUAUUGCGGUAGAUUGGGAUUCUUGUUUGGGGAGAAGUGAAGAAAGCGCACGAAGCAACUUAUUAUAACGCGCUUCUUAUACAAUAAUGUAUUAUUUAUAUCCCACACCCGAUAUGAUUGUUACGAUGAUGCAGAAGAAGAGUUCAGUCUGUUGAUCCUACCCUAUCCUUCCCUAUCUCACGCCCAAUACGCUCCUUCCUAGCACCACCAGCAGCGCAUCUAACAAUAGCAAAAGAUAUAGGAAAAUAGUAUAGAGCUAACGUCGUAGAAAAUUUACCGUACCAACCGUUUCCCGUGGGACGAUUGCAUGCUGGUCUCCAUACAAAAGUGGGAACCGAUGGCAUUCGCCACAGUAACUAAACGUACUCCCACACAUCCAUCCCCCUUUUUAGGACGUAUGAGAAAGUUAUCAUAUUUUUACAAGUAAGUAUGAAAUCAGAUCCAAAAAUCAACCGGAAAGGAACUAGAAAGAUGGAAAAGGCCGUAGUCGCUUAGGGACCCCGCACGCAUAUGUGGUAGGAUAAAAUAUGUACGAAUGCGAAGUUUGUUGCCAA